AACGGUGGAGAUAUUUGCAGAGGCGGACAUAGACAUGAGCAAAACUCAUGGCACAGCGCUCCAAGCGUACCUCCUCACGCAACUAUCACGUUCCUUAUUCUCUUUAUAUACACUCCUUUCCUUCUCCGUCUUCUGUUCCAUCAUUUGGUGAGCUGCCGAUUGACGUUCCUCAAUUACUUGUGAUCAGAGUUUUGAUAAAUGGCUCUAUGCGGGAUCAGUUUGAGUCCGAACUUGGAGAGUACUGAAUUGCGGUUUUCUGGUGGAAAUUUAUUGACAAGAUGGGAUGGAACCAAUGCGCGGCACUUCCGCCGCAAGUCUUCUUAUCCAAUUCAAAGACAGUUCAGGAAGAUAUAUUGUUCAUUAUCAAGAAAAGCUCUCUCUUCAAUGGAAUCCAAAGAGAAUAAUCUGACUGAUUUAUCAGUCCCUGUGGAAGAAGAAUCAGUGCAUGUUACAAGGUUCAAGAUGUCUGAUUUUAAGAUUCUUGAUAAUGUCAGUGCUGGGCUUGGAGGGCGGGUGGAUGAGGUAGUUUUUGAAGCCAUAGUCACGAAUCCAAACAGCCCAUUGUAUAACACACGAGUUGUGCUUCGACAAUUUACCAGUGCUCAAGCUCAACGAAGAGGGAAACGAGCAAUUGAGGUAUUGAAAAAGCUAGCUCGGCGCAGACUAAUGUACCUUUCUUAUUCAAUGCAAGUUCAUGGUUUUGUGUCUUCACAUAUAAGGGGUGGCCAUGGCUCAUUUAUCCUGGUUCACGGAUAUCAUGGUAGCUUUUCUUUAAGACACUGGCUUCAACAAUCAGAUUGGCUUCCAACCUUAGAAGCUACUUUGGCAUUGGAUGAGGAAUCUGUUAGAAAGGUGGGAGAGGACACAAUCGGAGGUCCUGCAGUCUCUCGGCAACUAAGGCUGAUUCGGUUAUUGAUGAGGGAUCUCUUGAUUGGAGUCAACUACUUACACAGCCAUGGACUUGCCCAUACAGAAUUGCGAUUGGAGAAUGUGCAUAUAAGCCCAGUGGACCGACACAUUAAAGUCGGGAUAUUGGGAAAUGCAUCUGACUUUUAUGAGGAUGGUCCAAAUAGUUGCACCAUGGACAGGCACAUGGGCAGGCGAGAAAUGAUGAUUGCAUUUGACAUGAGAUGUGUUGGAUUUAUGAUGGCAAAAAUGGUGCUACAUGAACUUCUGGAUCCUGUAAUCUUCACAAAGUUCAAAUCCUUCCUCACAAAGGUAAUCCCAGACAUACCAAUCUCUCAAUCCAUAUCAAGAUUUUUUAUUAUCUAGUCAGUAAGCUACCUAAAUUUCGCGCUGUAUUCUGUGCAGUAUUACAUCCUUGAAGCUAACUCACGUUUGUUUUUUUAUUUGAGAAGUGUUAUGCAUAUCUUGAAAAGCAAACAGCAAUCUUAUUCAUGGUGUUAAUUUUGCAUUUUGUGCAGUUGUUUGGAUGCUCUUAGACACCCAUUUCUGUGUGGGCCAAGAUGGCGGGUGGUCCCAUCUGUGGAUGUUAUCAGAUGGGGUCUUGGAUCAACUGCUGUGAAGAUAACAGAAGAGUACAUCUAUCACCAGCCCCAGCGUGGUAGACUUGCCCACUUAAUUGAAUUAAUGGAAAUGCUGAAUCCGCACUCGAAGCCAAAGAAUUGGUUAGAGCUACUGCCAGGAAAAUGGCGUCUAUUGUACUCUACUGGAAGACACAUAGGGUUAACCCUUCGCCAGCCUCCUGCCCGUGUCCUAAUUGGUAAUUUACACUUAACCAUAUCAAGAGCAUCGAAGAUAAAUACCAGCAUUUUUUUCACAUCAGAUAUCGAUUUCACUGUGAUGGUGGGUGAGGAUUGGCCUCAUGACAAGUCUGGAACAACUGGAAGAUUGCAAGUCAGUUCUCUGUUUAGAUUGACAGGCGGGAAAAGGUUAUAUCUUAAGGAAGAAAAGACCACUGGAAAGUUCUCCAUAAAUGGAUUAAAUCCAGAGGGUUCCUUAAUUCAGAAACUAUCAGAUAGAGUAUGGAGGAAAAUAAUCCCAUUUAAGGAAUUUCCUUCUAGCCUUCCGGUGGCUAAGCUUGUUUCAGGUGACACUGAGGUGACGAUGAAUCUUGAUGACCCAUUAAGUCGAAAUGUCGAUGCUGCAAGAUCCGUGGUUCAAGAAUUUCGGACACAAGUCCCACCAGAGAUGUUUGAUUUAUCAGAACUUGUAUGUGGAACAUAUGUAGACUCAAGGCUGCUAGUCCUUCGUGGGGUGAAUGGCUCAGCCCUCCUAUUUACAAGGUCAUGUCUAGACGAAAGUAGUAUGACUAAAAUUUGAGUAUCCUGUGUAGAUAAAAUUUGUAAAAAUUGAAGUUUGAUAUAAUUUAUAUUCCCACUGAAUUGUACAUAACCAUUAAUAAUGUUCCUUUAUUUGCUAUUAACAUAGAUGGGGAGAGUGAAAGGAGAAAACUACCUUCACUUACAAAUCAGCAUAAGAGGUUCUACUAUGAUAGAGUUGGGAGGGGAAAUGUUACUUUUCCCGAAAAACAGUACUUCUUCCUUGCUUUCCUUUUUCCCUCUCUCUCGUUCUCGCGCUCGAUCAUUCGCAUCCGUGUAGCCGAUAAUGAAGAAGUCUCAGUAAUCAGAAAGAAAGAUGUGGAACCUGAGCCAGGCAUUAUCAGGGAACGAUGAGGAAACUUCAGAGGGUUUCUUCGAUGAAGAAUCAGACAGGCUCUGUUCUCUUUCUCCUAUGCAGAGACUGUACGCCUUCGGUGCUUGUUCGAUCAUUGGUGUACUGUGUAUGUUUCUGUCCCUGAUUGCUUUCGCCAAACCCAUAAAAUUCGCGGUGUUGUUCACAUUUGGCAAUGUGCUAGCAGUUGGAAGAUAUUACUUGAUAUGAUAUUUGGCAGCACGGCCUUUCUAAUUGGACCCAUGCAACAAAUACAUAUGAUGUUUGAUCCUGUUCGUGUUUAUGCAACGGCCAUUUAUAUCGGAUGUGUUGUCAUGUCUCUCAUUUGUGCUCUCUGGAUACACAGCAAGAUUUUAACCAUACUUGCAAUCAUAUGUGAGAUCUGUGCCCUUAUUUGGUACAGUCUUAGUUAUAUUCCAUUUGCUCGGAGAAUGGUUUCGGAAUUGAUGAUCCGAUUAUGUGACACAGAGCUUUAACAAUGCAACUGGAGGGAUGCUCCUGUCUGACAGACCCAAAAGACUGAAGUCUUGUUUUACUAUCUUGUUGCUGAUCUUCGGAUUGGCGUUAUCAUUAUUUUCUGAGUGAGCUUGCAACAGCAGGUGCUGCAUAUUUCUUUGUUUAUUAUUCUUGUUUCAAAUGAUUUCUCUGGAAUUCAUUCGCACAUAAAAUCAUCUUAUCAA